AUAAAUCGUUAUGUCUGGACGCGGCAAGCAAGGAGGCAAAGCUCGGGCCAAGGCUAAAACACGGUCUUCUAGAGCUGGUCUUCAGUUCCCAGUGGGUCGUGUGCACCGCCUUUUGCGCAAGGGCAAUUAUUCUGAACGAGUUGGAGCUGGCGCGCCGGUGUAUCUGGCAGCAGUGCUGGAAUAUUUGACCGCCGAAAUUCUGGAGCUGGCAGGAAACGCAGCCCGCGACAACAAGAAGACUCGCAUCAUCCCACGCCACCUGCAGCUAGCUAUCCGCAACGACGAAGAGCUUAAUAAGCUUCUGGGUCGUGUUACCAUUGCCCAGGGCGGUGUCCUGCCCAACAUCCAGGCUGUGUUACUGCCCAAGAAGACAGAGAGCCACCACAAGGCGAAGGGCAAGUGAAAACGCCUUGUAGUCCGGUCAUCAGUGGUCCCCCGCUGUAGAAA